AAAUCUCAGCAAAAAUCGCCAUAACAAAAAUUGCCGCGGAAAUCGCCGCGGAAAUCGCCGCGGAAAUCGCCGCGGAAAUCGCCGCGGAAAUCGGAAAUUUUUAUACGACUCGCGGUUUUGGAUACCAAGAUUUUCCUAGACNUAUAUUUCCGAAAAUUGCCACAAAAAUCUCAGCAAAAAUCGCCAUAACAAAAAUUGCCGCGGAAAUCGCCGCGGAAAUCGCCGCGGAAAUCGCCGCGGAAAUCGCCGCGGAAAUCGGAAAUUUUUAUACGACUCGCGGUUUUGGUUCAUAUAGUGUUUUACUCUAAAUCGAAGCGAAAUGAAUAA